AUGGAUUUAGAUUUCUCUUAUCUCUCUUUGGUGGAUAGCUCAAAUGAGACUCAACAAUCUAAUACAAAUUAUCUAGGUAAAUCUCCAUUAGAACAUGCUUGUUUAUCGAUAGGAAGCUCAAUAAAUUCAAAUAUGGAUGGAAAAAUUGAAACUACGUUGUGUGAAUUUUCCGGACAAUCAGACACAAACUUUAAUAAGACACCUUUGAGUGUACCUAGUGUUUUUCCAAAUGUUCCUCUGCUUGCAUCAUGUCAGUUUAAUGACUUUUUUGGAACUUCCAGAGUAUUUGGAUAUAGUGAGUCAGCUCCAUACGAAGAUAUAAUGAAACCAACAUUAACACCUAAAGGAAAUUUCUGUGUUGAACAUGAUUGUGAACGUUUGCACAGUGCUCUGGAUAGAUUAAAGAUAAGAGAAAAAGAAAUCGUUGAAGUAAUGGGUCGUCGACCUGUUGUUCAACGUAUAGCAAUUCUACAAAAAUAUAAAUCUCUGUAUAAGGACAAUUUAUUCGCCAUAUUUAAUUCUAUAUUAACCGGAUGUUUAAAAGAUUGUUUGAUUGCGUUGUGCUAUACACCAGCAGAAUUUGAUGCAAUAGAACUUCAUAGAGCAAUGAGAGGAACUGAUACUGAUGAAGAUACAAUAAUUGAAAUUCUUUGUACAAGAACAAUUGAACAAAUCAGAAGAAUUAAGAAUGUUUAUCCAAAAUUAUUCUAUGGACGUGAUUUAGAAGAUGAUGUGAACGAUGAUACUGAACAUCCUUUUAAAUCAAUAUAUAUAGCUAUACUAAAAGCGAAUAGAGAUGAAUUCACAUUUAUAGAUGGAAAUCUUGUACGAAGAGAUGUGGAAGAACUACUUAGAGCAAUGAAACAAGACAUUAGGAUUGAUGAAUCAAAAUUCAUGCCUAUUUUGAUUACACGAUCCUAUGGUCAUUUACGAGCUGAAUUCAAUGAAUAUCCGUUACAUAGUGAACAUGAUUUGGAAGAGGAAAUGCGUGGACAUGCAGUCGAUUGUAUACUGUCUAUUGUCCGUUGCAUACAAAAUAGACCAAGAUAUUUUGCUGAAAAAUUAGUCAAAGCUACGGAAAAUACAGAAAAAGAUUAUGGGACAAUUAUUCGAAUUAUUGUCUCUCGUUGUGAAGUGGAUUUGGGACGAAUUAUGGAAGAAUUUCUUGAUUUAAAGGGCAAACCAAUAUAUAAGAUUAUAGGAGUACGUAUAAACAAUAUUUAAGAAGUAAUAAUUUGCAAUUAUUAUGAUCCAUUUACUGAAACUUAAACAUGGAUACAAUUGCUAAUAUAGACGGAUUAGCUUAGUAAAUACCAUUAUCUCUUCGUGUUUAUCUAUAUCCCCAACGUAAUCGGUGUGAACAAUAAUGCUGAAUAUUACUGAGUAUUAUUGCUUCAAUCAAAUGCUUCUCGAAAACCGUCUACGUUCAUGUCUAAAGAUGCAUGCAUCACAUUUGCAGUCUCACAGUCUAUUGAUUCACUGCACUUCAAAAUGCUUUCGAAAACAAUGACAAUUCUCACUUAGUCGAGUUUUACUUAAAACAAGUUGUGUUAAGAGUCGAUUGUUGAACAUCAGAACUAUCUGAAACUAUUUCUAUGUGAAAAGUGUUUGUCAAUUCAUAGUUUAAGCUAUCAUAAGAUUAUUUCUUUUCCCAGUUAGGUGACCUACGUAUUGUAUGACGGUUAGAAUUGAUUCCCAUUGAGAAGGAAGAUGUUAUUUCAAACAAUUGUGGACACAUUAUGCUGAGACUGAUACUUAAAUUAACACUUUCUGAUCCUACACACUACUUUGUCCUUUUUUCAUGUGAUGUGUUGUAGACAAAUCGCUUGUUCAAUCAUUCAAAUGAAGUUAUUUUAUCCACAUCGAUUGUCGGAACAGAAUGCUUUCACAUUUUUUCACGUCAUAUUACAAACUAUAUUCCUACGUAGAUUUUCACCCGAAUCCGCAGAAAUUAAUCGAACCUCAUAAAGUCCGUAAACGGUG